GUAGUGCCAUCAGCACAUCAGCACUUCUCUGCGGCUGUGUCACCGCUUCUCCCCCGGCGUCAGUCCUUGCUGGGAGCAUCAUUGCACGCUGCCUCUGAUACGGUGACGCGACUCUCGCAGUCCAACCGCACCCAAUCCUAUAAACCUCUCACCGUCUUUCCAAUCCAAUGGCGACUCAGCACCGCUCCGCCCACCACUCUAAAAAGCCGCUGCCGGCCCAUGCUCGCCCCUCGAAACCGGCCCCUCUCUCCAAACGCUCCCAUUCGUACGGCGGCCAUAAAGGCGGGCUCAAGGCCCACCACCACAAGGACGACGACACUGAGGACGAGGAAGUGAUGGCCUCGAGUUUUUUGCAGUACUGCACGACUUGCGAAAAGCAGAUUAUCGUCCCCAAUAAUUCAGUGCUAUAUUGCUCGGAGAGCUGUCGAAAAAAGGACAACGAAAAGGUCGUGUCGUAUUCAAUAGACUACUCGCCUCCACCGACGCCCUACUCCCAAUUCUCAUUCGACGACUUCCCCACCCGAGACAUUGUCGCACCGCGCUCCCCAACCGCGCCCCGCUCGCAGCGCUCCUCCAUCGCCUUCUCAGAACUCUCGUCCGACGACAAUGCCAACUCGGGCGACGAAAAGCUGGGACAGGACUCAGAGGCGUCGCGGUACCUUCGCCAGUUCCAGUCUGCAGCCGCAAAAACCGAGACCUGCGCGACGCGCCCGUCCCGCCCCCGCUACAGCCGCGCCUCCACUUCCCACGCCACGAUGAGCGCGGCGCCCUCGUUGUCGCACACGCCCGCUUCGUCGGCGAGCAUGUCAAUGCCGUACACGCCCUCGAACCGGCCCCUGCCGCCCCGCAACAACCCGCAUAGCUCGUCGUACAAAGGCUAUGGCUCCCGUUCUAUCGAUCUCGUCAUGCCGUUCACCGCGGGCACCACGGCGCCGUCUAGUCUCAGCCACUACUCGCUCAAGAGCGCCGCGAGUUCCCGGACAGAACUGGGCGUUGUCGAGGGCGAGAUCCGGUAUGAGAAGGUGGCGAGGAUACCGUCGGUAUCGCCGGCGAACGGGAGCUUGAAACAGCUGUUUUCGUCGAGGUGAAAAGGAGCGUCGUCGUGGGACUUCUUCUCUGUCUUCGGGCAUCUUUUAGUGGAAUUUUUUGAUUGGCGUUAAUAUAGACGGCUUGAUCGGUCAGGAGGUGGUAAGCUAUGUAGCAUUGAUUGCUGCAAGUUGAUA